AUGGACCUCCUUCUGAAGCCGGUCCGUCUCGCGACGUCCAAGCCAGCGCGCCAGACCUACCUGAACACGGUGCUCUUCAUGAUCACGUCUGCGAUACUGCUCGGGCUAGCUGUUAUUGCAUACGUGCUGUUCUAUUUCAAUUACGUGCCGCAGAUUGGCGUUGAGCGCGUUGUGCAUCUGCAAUAUGGCGACGGACCUCACCCCUACGGCAUAGCAUCGCUCGACUCUUCGCUCGUCCACGACCAAGCCUACGACAUCUCCCUCUCCCUGCACGUCCCACGCUCCCCACCCAACCUCGCCGCCGGGAACUUCAUGCUUUCGCUCUCCCUCCUCUCCCCAUCCUACACGCCCGCUUCCACGCCCUCAUCUCCCCCUUCACCCCCGACCAUCCCCUCCUCCGUAAUCCUCUUCAGCACGCGGCGCCCCGCCCUGCUAACCUACACCUCGCGGCUCAUCUCCCUCUCUUCCCGCCUUCUAACGCUGCCCCUCUAUCUCCUGAACCUCAAGCUCGAGUCCGAAACCCUGCAUGUGCCCAUGGCCGAAUCACUGCGCUUCGGCCGCGGUGCUAUACCCGCUCAUCUGCUGCUCGAGCUGCAGGCCGUCGCCGGCGCACAGCUCCAGGUCUAUGACGCGCGCGUGCGCUUCACGGCCCGGUUCGCGGGCCUCAGAUGGGUUAUGUAUAAUUAUCGGUUCGUGGCGGCGGGGGUGUUCAUCAGUGCGUUUUGGGGCGUGGAGAUGCUGUGCGCGGGUGUAGGAUGGGUGGUUAUUCGAGCGUUGUUCGCGCCGAAGCAUAUCAAGACCAAAAAAGAGAAGAUGAUUAAGGAAGAAGAAGAAGAAGGUACGGAUGAGGAUGAGGAUAAGAGAGUGAAGAAAGAGGAAGAGGAGGAGGAGGGGCUACUAGAAGAGGAUCCGGAUUUGUCAGAUACCCCAAGAACAUUCCCUACGUAUGGAAGGCAGGCGCCUCUACGAUAUAUCCCUAAAGUGAAGCGAGAGGAUAUCGAGGAUGAGAAUGAUGGCGUGGAGGAACAGCAGAGGCAGGAAGCGGAUGAUGAGAAUGAGGAUGAGGGCGUGGGACUAAGGACGGAUUCAGGCAUCGGGACUAGUUUCAGUGAGGGCGUGGGGGGUGCUGGGUUGGCGAGAAGGAGGUCUAGGGGGGGAAGGGUAGGUGGUGGUUCUUAG